AUGUGGUAUGGACGUUGUUCGGACGGUAAGCGAAGGAAGAUAAAGAAGAGAAGAAAAUGUGAAGACGAUGGUGCUGCAGUGUUCGUUGGUGUGUGCACAGCUAACGUCACUAAAGAAGCAAACAAGCGUAUGAUCCGAGCACAACGGGAGAGGAACAGAGACGAGCGUGACUCGAUAGAAUUGGUGGCGAAACGGCACGAUCCUCAGUAA